CCAACUUCAGAAGGUCCAGUGGCGGGUAGGAAGGCACCACACUGACCCGCCAUGUUUCUGGUUCUGGUGGUUACAGAGGAGCUGAGGGAGUUUCUGGCCCAGGCACGAAGUGGAAACGGCCGCCUCCUCCAGGUGUUGAUCAGAGACGAGCAGCUGGUGCUGGGGGCAUACAGAGAGCCACGUCAGAGCUGGGACAAAGACUAUGACCACUUCCUGCUCCCCCUGCUGGACCCUCACGAGCCCUGUUACAUUCUGUACCGGCUGGACACCAAGAACGCUCAAGGCUAUGAGUGGCUCUUCAUCUCCUGGUCACCUGACCAGUCUCCAGUCCGGCAAAAGAUGCUGUACGCUGCCACUCGCGCCACAGUUAAGAAAGAGUUUGGUGGUGGACAUGUCAAAGAUGAAAUGUUCGGCACAGUUGAGGAGGACGUUUGUCUUCAAGGGUACCUGCGACAUGUGACUUCAUGUUCUGCUCCUGCACCCCUAACAGCAGCCGAACAAGAGCUACAGCGAAUCAAAAUCACAGAGGGCAGAGUUAAACAGGUGAAAACUGAGAUCAGCGUGGACCCCAAACAUCAGACCUUACAGGGUCUUGCCUUCCCGUUACAGGCCGAGGCCAAACGUGCUCUAAAGCAGCUCGCAGAGAGACGCAUCAACUACAUUCAACUAAAGCUAGAUACAGAGAAGGAGACAAUUGAACUUGUGCACACAAGCCCAACAGAAAUCCGUGAUCUACCCUGCCGGAUUCCCCUUGAUACACCCAGAUACCACUUUUUCCUCUACAAACAUUCACAUGAGGGAGACUACCUUGAGUCUGUGGUGUUCAUAUACUCCAUGCCAGGAUACAGCUGCAGUAUCAAAGAAAGGAUGCUGUAUUCCAGCUGUAAGAGUCGACUUCUGGAAGAAGUAGAGAGGGACUUCCAUCUAGAAGUGGCUAAAAAGUUGGAGAUUGAUAGUGGAGAGGAGCUGACAGAGCAGUAUCUGUAUGAUGAGGUCCAUCCUAAGCAGCAUGCCCACAAGCAAGCGUUCGCCAAACCUCGUGGCCCUGCUGGGAAGAGAGGAAACAAGCGUCUAAUCAAGGGAGGUGGAGAGAACAGCUAGGAAGGACAGAAAGCAAGAAGAAGAGCUAAAUGAACUUCACUUGUACCCUAAAUGUUCUACAGUUCCCUUUUUAUGCCUGCUUGCAGGGUGAUUUGUUCAUCCUGCAGAGAGUGUGAAAGAAAAAUUGGAAUACUGUGCUUUGUUGUUGUUAAUUCAAAAAAAGAUUGUUUUUACUUUCUUUGGCUUGUAUUUCUUUUUACUCUGUGUUAUUAGGUAUUCAUUUGGUGUGUUAAUGUGCAUAUAUUUAAGAGAUAAACUCAGGAAUUAUUUUA